UUCACAGAUGUUACUUAUGUCUAGUUUGUGUGUGAUAAUAGCUAGCAAUUUGCCAUAAGUAAAUACUUGUAUCGGGAUUGAAAUUAAUCUUAAAAGUAAUCCCGGAUUGAAUUUAAAACAUCAGUAUUCAUCUAAAGUAUAGUGUAGCCUCUUUCAGUACUGUAGGGUAAAAUCACUAGUUAGUUGUUCUACCCUUAGCUAAGUUUCGUUAGUUACGCAUAAAUAUCGACCUUUGUGAAAAAAGAAACACAACACAAACACAUAAUUAGUCCAAAGAGGAUUUAAGACAAGAUGACAUCAAACCAGAACGUUAACGAAGCAGGUUGGUUCUAUCAUGCCCCGGCUCGGCGUCGCUCAGAGGAAGCUGUCGGUUACCCGGCAAUGUCUCAGAUUCCAGGAUUGUCAGAGGAUGAUGGACCCCCUGAGGAACCCCCUCGCUCCCUGUUCCGGGAAACAGACACCAAGUACAUCCGACUUGCAAAGCAGGGAGGGCGUCCUAACCUGCUGUCCAUAAAGGAGAACUCCAGCGAACCAAAGCCAGCUGUGAAUUACCCGAGGAACGACUGGUUCUAUCUUGAGGACAACGCAAUGGAAGAUGAGUCUGAGCGUAAAAAGAACGAAAUACAGUACGAUUUCCUUCGACCAGAGUACAUGGUACACGAGGCCUACAAGCCUGACCCAGCCAGCAUCUACGAGCGUCCACAGAGGGGGCCCAUCGCCUUUGACAAACUGUCCGUCUUCGAGCGCGAACCUGGGAACCAUGCCACAGACAAGACAGUCAAGUUACCGGAAGUCAAGAAACCAGGUUACGGAGUGCGCAGUGGAAAGCCCCCUCGUCGUCCAAGGUUAAAGCCCCAGUCCGCGGAGGAAAACCCUGGACGUGGCCCUCGACCCCUGAAGUUUCUACCAAUGCCUGGUUCGGCAGCCUCUGAUAAGCCCAAAAUGAAUAAGCUGCUGGGAUACGCGUACGAGCGCGAGUGGCAGAACGACCUGAAGUCCUGGCAGGACAAACAGGAAGUGGGUCGCACACGCCACCAGCAGAUGACGAGCAUUCUGGGACAGCCCGACAACCUCACACAGUCUGAGUACACUACGAGCUUCGGUCGACCUACUGCGGUACAUCAUUCGGAUGUCAGGAGACAAGAUGUUGAGCACUCAGCGCGACCCUCAGAGGGCAAAACCAAUUUCGCAGUAAGACAGACAGAGACUCAGAGAUUGCGUGAGGCUCGACUGCAAAAACCAGCGGAGAAAGAAGUGUUCAAGAUGACCAGGUUUAAGAACAUUCCGGCAAGGAUAGACUCACAACGCCCAACAGUUGUCAGCUAAAAGAGAGGUUUCUUUCCAAGGGAGUUAAUUCAAUAUGUACCCAUAAAACAGUAUUUGGGGGAGUAGUUCCCCUUUUCUUAAUACAUUAUGUGAAUAUGCCAUUAUGCAAAGAGAUCCUCAUCGUUUUAAUUGAACUUUUGGAUUUAGUACUUAUUUUUGUUAGAUUACAAGAUACAAAUGUAUAUUAUUGAAAAAUAAAUAUAAAUAUUGUAUUUUACAUUUUUGUAUUUUUGUAAAUAAAGAAAAUAUAGUUUUUUAACAAUAGAAUACAAAGAGUUUAUUUUAAUUAAGUUUUCACUGCUGAAAAUGCCAGUACAUAUUUAGAAAGAUUUGAUAUACUUAUCAGCUCCUAAAAAACAUUGCAUGCAGUGUUCAAUGGACAUUGUGCUUUUUCCCUAUUUCUGUCUGGUUCAUAAAGGAACAGCCAAAAUAUCAACAAUGUCAGGUCUUCCUUAAAAAUUAUGUACAUAAAAUACAGAACAAACAGUUAAUAAAUUCAAUAAACUUCUUUUAUGCUGGGCUUUUAUUUCACAAUUUAUUAUGCCUUUUUAUCAGGCAGAUCCCAAUGUUUUUGAUUUUAAUAUCUUUGUUACAUUGUAUUUCAAAUACAAAACACCAUACUGUUGAGAUUGUGUGAUAGUUUAUUUAUUUUAUGCUUUCAUGUGGUUUAAAACGAAAUAUCAGUGAUUUCAAACUUACAAUUCACUGUUUCAAACGGUAAAAAUUAUUAGUAAAAAUUAUCGAUUUUAUUUUCACUGUUACACUGUGAAAUGAUGUCGUUUUCAUGGCAUUAUGACUUCAUUAUUUCAGCAAAAUACAUAAAUAUGUUUUUGUAAGACUGAAAUGAAAAGAAAAUGUGUUGGAUUGGGAGAAACAUUGAUUUUUUAUUCGCUCGUGAUCAUAGAAAAAAUAUAUUUUCAGUGAUCACUCUUGAAUUAAAAUCAAUAUUCCACCAAAUCCAUAAAAUAUCCUCUAUGUCAUUAUUUAAGUUACCUGUGCCUGUUUUCCAUAACAGUACCAGUAUGACAAAGAUUUUUUGGUUAAUAAACGUAAUAAUAACACUAAUAUGACAAUCUUAUUGGCAUGUUAUUCGUUGAGAGAGGUUUGUGUACAAAACUGUUAAAUCUAUAAAUGGAUAUUAUAUAAAAAUUGUGAUAGGUUUAUCUGUUAAAUGUUGUGUAUUUUAUUUAUGAUUUCUAUUAUAAUUCAUGUUUCUCUCCGUCCAAUAUCGUUUUUCUGUAUCAAUAUGCAGUAAUGACAAUACAUGAUAAACCGGUAUUGAAGCCUUACUCUGGGAUAACAGGGUUUAAUGCAUGUGCUUACAUGGAAUUGUUAUGUACAGAAAGUCUUUUUUAGCGAAAAAAUCUGUUUAUGCGGAAAGUGUUGUCCCUGAUUAGCCUGCGCAGAUUGCACAAGCUAAUCAGGGACAACACUAUACACACAUGCAUUAAGCCCCGUUUUCCCAGAGCAAGGCCCAUAUUAAGGGUUACAGAGUGUGUCCAGAGAACCUUUAACAAUAUUUUGUAAGUACCUAUAUUAUCUAUAUGUGUAAUUGUGUAUGAUUGUAACUGUAAAGAUGUAUUUGUUACGAGUUUUACAUAUUUUUUACUACAUGUAUGUUUAUAUUUAAAUGCGCAUUUACCAUUCAUAUGAAUUAUUCAUCAAAUUUUAUUAGGUAUGGUGAAAAUGAAAAGUAAAAAAAGUAAUUUAAUACACAUUCUCUGUAAUUAUUGCCAAAACUUGCUGUGAUAGGUAUGAUCUGUUAGCAAUACUUGGUUUAUUUUAUUUAAGUUAUUAUGUUAAUGAUGUUGCAACGAUAUUUGUUGGUGAGAAAGUGUUUAGGGUAUUUGAACAGCAUAAUUAUUAUUUUAAAGUGCCUUUUUAUAGUUAUUAUCACUCUUUCAUUGAAUAAAGAACUCAAAUUUUAAAA